CCCAAGAUGGCGUCCAUGCGGGAGAGUGAUACGGGUCUGUGGCUCCACAACAAACUGGGGGCCACCGACGAGCUGUGGGCGCCGCCCAGCAUCGCGUCCUUGCUCACGGCCGCGGUCAUCGACAACAUCCGCCUCUGCUUCCACGGCCUCUCGUCGGCCGUGAAGCUCAAGCUGCUGCUCGGGACCCUGCACCUCCCGCGCCGCACGGUGGACGAGUGGGCGAGUGCGAGGCGUCGGCCAUGCUGCCACUGGAGUGCCAGUACCUGAACAAAAACGCCCUGACCACCCUGGCCGGACCCCUCACGCCCCCCGUGAAGCACUUCCAGCUGAAAAGGAAGCCCAAGAGCGCCACGCUGCGAGCAGAGCUCCUGCAGAAGUCCACCGAGACGGCCCAGCAGCUGAAGAGAGGCGCAGGGGUGCCCUUCCACGCCAAGGGGCGGGGGCUGCUCCGCAAGAUGGACACCACAACCCCGCUCAAAGGCAUCCCGAAGCAGGCGCCGUUCCGCAGCCCCACUACCCCCAGCGUCUUCAGCCCUGCCGGGAACCGGACCCCCAUCCCGCCGUCGAGGACACCGCUGCGGAAGGAGAGGGGCGUGAAGCUGCUCGAUAUUUCUGAGCUGGACAUGGUUGGCGCUGGCCGGGAGGCAAAGAGAAGAAGAAAGACUUUAGAUGCCGAGGUGGUGGACAAGCCAGCCAAGGAGGAAACCGUGGUGGAGAAUGCCACCCCAGACUACGCGGCGGGCCUGGUGUCCACACAGAAACUCGGGUCUCUGAACAAUGAGCCGGCGCUGCCCUCCACCAGCUACCUGCCCGCCACACCCAGCGUGGUCCCAGCAUCCUCCUACAUCCCCAGCUCGGAGGCCCCACCAGCACCGUCCUCCCGGGAAGCCAGCCUGCAGGCCAGCCGGCCACCUGAGGAGCCCAGCACCCCAAGCCCCACGCUCCCGGCCCAGUUCAAGCAGAGGGCACCCAUGUACAACAGCAGCUUGAGCCCGGCCACGCCCACACCUGCGUCUGCCACCCCCACCUUGCCCCUGACACCCACCACGCCCCCGGCCGUCGCCCCUGCAGCCCAGACGCCCCCAGUGGCCAUGGUGGCGCCGCAGACCCAGCCCCCAGCCCAGCAGCAGCCCAAGAAGAACCUGUCCCUCACGAGGGAACAGAUGUUUGCAGCACAGGAGAUGUUCAAGACAGCCAACAAAGUCACACGGCCCGAGAAGGCCCUGAUCCUGGGCUUCAUGGCGGGUUCCCGAGAGAACCCGUGCCAGGAGCAGGGCGACGUGAUCCAGAUCAAGCUGAGCGAGCACACGGAGGACCUGCCCAAGGCGGACGGCCAGGGCAGCACCACCAUGCUGGUGGACACGGUGUUCGAGAUGAACUACGCCACAGGCCAGUGGACGCGCUUCAAGAAGUACAAGCCCAUGACCAACGUGUCCUAGCCGGCCGCCGCCCGCAGCCCCCCGCCCUGUCCACCGCAGCCCCUCAGCCGCCUCUGUGGGCCUCGACUCGGGGGGGCUCUGAGGAACGAC